CCUUAAUUUUCCGUCCUGCAUUUCGAAGGGAGACCUGAAAAAGGCUAAAAAGGCUAAAAAGGAAACAGAAGCUAGCUGAAUUCUGUUCUUGAAUCGGCUGCUUCGUGAUCACGCAUCUGCACUUCCAUUCCGUUUUCUCUCCCCUACCAGACACACUGGGAGGAAAUUUCCAUCUCCAAUGGGGGUUCCACAGACGAUGGAAAUUCUGAGCGCGAGAGCCGCACUUGUGAGAGAGUCGCUGCAGAAGAGCCAGAAUGUCACAGAGAACAUGGUCUCCAUUCUUGGCUCCUUUGACUACCGUCUCUCCGCCCUUGAAACUGCAAUGCGGCCUACUCAGAUAAGAACUCAUUCAAUCCGGAUGGCACAUGAAAAUAUUGACAAGACAUUGAAGGCUGCGGAAAGUAUGCUGGCUCAGUUUGAUCUUACACGCAAGGCCGAGGCUAAAAUACUCAGGGGGCCACAUGAGGACUUAGAAAUGUACUUGGAAGCAAUUAGUCAGCUACGGAGCACCAAUCGCUACUUUACUAGUAACAAAAAUUUCAAAAGGAACGAAGCUAUUCUUACCCAUACAAGCAACUUGCUUGUCAAAGCCAUUUCAAAGCUGGAAGAUGAGUUCAGACAGCUUUUAACAAAUUACAGUAAGCCAGUGGAACCCGAACGUCUAUUCGACUGCCUCCCCAACUCGUUGCGUCCAUCGUCAGCAUCUAAGCAAGGUGAUAGUGGUAGCAAAAAUAGUUCUGAACAUCACAACAAAAGCUUAGAAGCUUCCGUCUUCAUUCCCCCAACUCUUAUUCCUCCCAGGGUUCUUCCAUUGUUGCAUGAUUUGGCCCAACAAAUGAUUCUAGCUGGCCAUCAGCAGCAACUGUUUAGAAUAUACAGGGAUAUUCGUGGUGCAGUCUUAGAACAGAGUCUUAGGAAAUUAGGUGUUGAGAGGCUUAGCAAGGAUGAUGUCCAGAAAAUGCAGUGGGAGGCUCUUGAAGCUAAGAUUGGGAACUGGAUACAUUACAUGCGCAUUGCUGUUAAAUUGCUGUUUGCUGGGGAAAGGAAAAUAUGUGAUCAAAUAUUCGAAGGGGCAGAUGCUCUCCAGGACCAAUGCUUCGCAGAUGUGACUACAAGUAGCGUGUCAGUGCUACUAAGUUUUGGAGAGGCAAUUGCCAAAAGCAAAAGAUCUCCAGAAAAAUUGUUUGUUCUUUUAGACAUGUUUGAAAUAAUGCGAGAACUGCAACCUGAGAUGGAAACACUAUUUGGAAGUAAAGCAUGCAUUGAAAUGCGGGAUUCUGCAUUGAGCUUAACUAUGCGCCUUGCCGAGACAGCUCAAGAGACCUUUGUUGAUUUUGAAGAAGCCGUAGAAAGAGAUGCCACAAAAACUGCUGUUCUUGAUGGGACUGUUCAUCCCUUGACUAGUUAUGUGAUAAAUUACGUCAAGUUUUUAUUCGACUACAAAUCCACUUUGAAGCAAUUAUUCCAAGGUUUUGAAGCUAGCGAUCCAGAUGCUCAGUUAGGCGUGGUAACUAAAAGAAUUGUGCAGGCCCUUCAGACUAACCUUGAUGGGAAAUCUAAGCAAUAUAGGGAUCCUGCACUAACUCAAUUAUUUCUGAUGAACAAUAUUCACUAUAUAGUGAGAUCUGUCCGAAGAUCGGAGGCAAAGGAUUUGUUGGGUGAUGACUGGGUGCAGAUACAUCGAAGGAUUGUGCAGCAGCAUGCAAAUCAAUACAAGCGGAUUUCCUGGGCAAAGAUUUUGCAGUGCCUCACUGUUCAGGCCUCAGGUAGUGGUGGUGCAUCGGGAGAUGCUGGCGGACUGUCAAGAGCUAUGGUGAGAGAUAGGUUCAAGACUUUUUACAUUCAAUUUGAAGAGCUUCAUCAACGGCAAUCUCAGUGGACAGUUCCUGACAGUGAGUUGCGGGAGUCAUUGAGGUUGGCAGUUGCUGAAGUUUUAUUGCCUGCCUACCGAUCUUUCAUCAACCGUUACGGGCAGAUUGAGAAUGGAAAAGCUUCUCAAAGAUACAUCAGAUAUUCACCGGAGGAUCUUGAGCGUAUGCUAAAUGAAUUUUUUGAGGGUAAGACAUUCAGUGAACAAAAGCGCUAGUAGCUUCUCCAAAUGCUCUGUACAUGGACAAAGUUAGCGCAGUUUCUAGCAGUAUGACAAGUCCUUCCUCUUGCAGGCACCCUCAUUUUUUUAAUGGUCUUGUUGUGCAUAUGUCAAUUUAUUCUCGCGAGCCUGCCUAGGAAAAUAUUCAAAGUUGUGUUCAUUAAUUGUAUCUCUAGAAAUUUUCAGAACCAUAAUAAUUCAUGUCAAUGUAGAAGAAAAAUUCCAAACGCUUGAGCUUGGCUACUCUUUCUUCAUUUUUCUUUAGAUUUCUUGUAAUAAAGGGACAAAAACUUAACAAAAUUUAUAAAUAUGGCUGAAGGAAACGAAAGACUUCUUCAUCAAAUUAAAUAGGAUAUGAUUCAUCUUCCUCUCGGCUAUGUAGUGGUUUCUGUCCAAUAUACUUGGUGAUUUCCAAUCCUUGAUAUUGUAGUAGUAAUAGUAGUAUACGAUGCUCUCCUCCACACUUUCCCUUAUAAACAAACUUUCCAAAAUGCCCACCGGAACCUUUCCUCUCCUUAUCCUUCCUUCUCACUUCUGAGACCUGAGCACACUUUUUACAUCUAUUAGGUAGGUGAACAAGACCUUUUCUUUGGUGCCUACGAGUAAGAAUUAAGUGACGCCGAUGCGUUAUAUAGAUUCUUUUCUCUCCUCGUAGUCUUGAUUUGCCUCAUGAAAGAUUAAUAUGAUUGCCAAAGAGCCAUUAAAAUCACAUGAGGAUACCAAGGCUUAUACUUUGGUGCACCUUGACCAACUAAAGAUACGCCAAGGUAAGCCAUCUGAUAGGUUAUAUGGAUUUUCCUUAAACUUCAAAGAUCAAAAGUACAGAAGGCAAGCCUUUUGAUCAUUCAAAUGGCUUCCUUCUGCACACUCAAUUGUUGGAGAUACAUGAGGGAAGUAAUUUUCUGUCAUCAAUCAUGGAGGAAUGUUGACUAUAUUUGUUCAUUUUAUUCCGUAGGCUUCAACUUUACAUCGAUGUAUGCCCCUCCCUCAAUUUGGAUAAUUACUACAAUUUAUCCUAGAAGUUGCUAAGCUUGGAGAGAUUAGAGCGUCAUGAACAUGUUGAUGGUUUCCUUAGAACAUCAGGAAUAUUAAGUAGAAGCCUGUUAUGCUAUUAGAAUGGCCUCUGGUUGCUUAGGAAAAUCUUCGUUAGCGUCAACAUCGACAUCUAAAACCUUGAAAAUUAGUAAUGUCACUCUUUGAGCUAAAAUAUUACAAUAAUUACGAAGGGAAAACGUCUGAAUUAUAAAGCCAAAUCAUGAUAUUUGAUGGUCGAAGUUUUGCCUUAUUAUUAUUAGUAGAGGUCUUGUUUUUCUGUUGAGGUGGCCUAAUUUGUUUGUACAUGGGUUAUGUUAAUUUCGGAUAGGAAGUCAUAUUCAUUGUCAAAUGGAACAUAAACUAAUAGAUUUUGUUCAUUAGUUUAUUAGUUUAUGUUCUAUCGUAUCUGAAUUUAUCUAUUUUUCUUUUACAUCUUUUAAGUACGGGUGUUCAUUAUCGAGUUGUGUUGAAAUAUUUUUUAGAUUCAACUUUAUUGCUCCAAUUCAACCCAA